GCAGAGCGAUGCGAUCGGCCAUCGGCUCUAAGGCCUGGAGUCCCAGGGCAGAGCAGUGUGUGCCGUAGCUGGGCCGCGCAGUCUGUGUUAAUAAAGAAACUUUGAUCAUGCCUGCUUCAGGUAAAAUUCUUAGGUUUUCAUAUCUUCCAUUUUGAGGAAGGGUCCAGACCAGGAUGUUUCAUCCUCCAGACUUGGGCAGCUUUUCCCUUUGGGCCCACAUUAGAGAUCUUGACGACAAAAAAAAAAAAGCAUUAAUAAAUGCCAGAAUGUCAAGCUCUUCACCAUUCAGAAUGCAGCUAGUACACUUGGACCUUAAAGGAGCUCCCCCCAAGGUCUUGUACCUGGCAGAGAUCUUCCCUCUCUUCCAUGCCCUUGGUGCAAAUGGCAUCCUCAUUGAAUAUGAAGACAUGUUUCCCUAUGAGGGCCCUCUACAUCUUCUGAAAGCCAGGCAUGCCUACAGCCCCACUGAGAUCAAAGAAAUUCUUCAUCUGGCCAAGCUACAUGAGUUGGAGGUUAUUCCUCUGGUGCAGACAUUUGGACACAUGGAAUUUGUUCUGAAGCACAAGCAGUUUUCUCACCUGCGAGAAGUGGAGCUGUUCCCAAAUGCAUUGAACCCCCAUAAGGAGGAAUCCCUGGCAUUAGUGAGUACAAUGAUCAGUCAAGUAAUGGAGCUUCACAGAGGCGUUCGAUGGUUCCACAUAGGAUGUGAUGAGGUAUAUUACCUUGGUGAAGGGGAGAUGUCUAAAAAAUGGCUGCAGCAGGAACAGAACAAUAUGGUAAAACUGUGUCUGAGCCAAAUGAAAGCGGUUGCCAGCCAUGUGGUCAUCCACCACCCCAAUGUGAAGCCCAUUGUAUGGGAUGACAUGCUUAGGGGCAUUAGUGAAGAAUGUCUCACAGAAUCUGGAAUAGCACAGCUGGUAGAGCCAAUGAUCUGGGACUAUGUUGAAGACAUGGAUGUACAUGCAAAGGUUCUCCUCAUGGAUAAGUACAGGAAAUGUGGUUUCCCUAAACUGUGGGUAGCCAGUGCUUUUAAAGGUGCCACAGGGGUGAAUCAAUCUUUGACCGUUAUUAGCCAUCACCUCAAAAAUAACAUCCAGUGGUUGAAAGUGGCAGACAGUGGACCUGCUGAGAUGCUGCAAGGAAUCGUUCUAACUGGUUGGCAAAGGUAUGACCACUUCUCUGUUCUCUGUGAGCUGCUUCCUAUGGGAAUCCCAUCCUUAGCAGUAUGUCUGCAAGCACUCAAAAACGGAGGUUAUACUGACCAUGUUAAAAAAAUAGUGGAGAAGUAUCUAGGGAUGUCGGAUUUGGAAAUCAACAGUUUUAUGAGUGAAAACUUUGGGACUUUCCCUGGCAGUGAUGUCUUCGCCCUGAUCACUCAGGUCAGCUUUCACCUAAGGCACUCUGUGGAUGAACUGCUAGAAAGAAACAGGUAUGUGACAGGCUGGUUUAGCCCUUACCAUCGUAAGAGGAAGAUGAUUCACCCAGUUAUGAUCCAGUACAUCCAGCCAGAUGCCAUAAGUCUCCUAACCAGGUGGAAUGCUGUCAUCCAGGAGCUGCAAGCAGCACUUGAAAGAAUUUUCUACCCAGAUGCAGUAGAGGAGUGGCUGGAAGAAAACACCCAUCCCACCAUCCAGAAGCUACAGCAGCUGUUGCAAGAUCUGGAUGCAGCAAUAGCAGCUCAGUCUUAGAACUUUUGCCAUGGAAGUGACCCAUCUUACAAAGAAGGUUUACCCACUGCUAACCCAGUGGGGAUUGUUACAGAUGGCCAAGACCACUCCUUUGCUACAUGAAAGCAGUGCUGAGGAAAGGGGGGCAGGGUUGGGAGGGUUCCUAUGGGUAUGAUUGAAAAAUGUGAUGCUAGGACAGAAUCUAAAAAGAGACAUUGAGGGGUGAAGGCGUGAUACUGGAUCUUGUGUUAAAAGCUAUUACCGUGAGAGGAUGAAGCAGAAUUUAUCAUGCCAUAAGUGAAUCCAAAAAAUUAGAAGUGGCAAUCAUAAUAUUCCACAAGGCAGCAGUAAAAAGGUAGUAAAAGUAAAAAAGCAAAAAAGAUAAGAAGGGAAAUUACAUUAUACUUGAAGUCACUAUAAAUAAUGUUAAUACUGAAAUAUAUGCACAAAAAGAGCAUGAAAUACUUGAAAGAAAAAAUAAUUGAACUGUAGAGUGAAAUAGACAAACUAAACAAGAAAGACCCUAAAAAAAAAUUGAAAAAUCAGAUAUGACAGAUACCUGGUGAUUAAUGGAUGGGAAUAGAAAGGAAUAUUUCUCCACUACUACAUGGCACCUUUACAAAAACAAAUGCAGAAAGUUUAAAUACUUCCUCUACUGACAACAGCACAGUAAAAACUAUAAUCAAUAGAAGGAAUUUGAAGAAGUAAAAGAAAAUGUAUAGGUUACAGUUAAUACUGAUCACAAUUUACUGCUUAAAGAGAAAAACUGUUAUUCUGCCUAUUGCUCUUAAUGUAAUGGAAUAAGCACUCUUAUUGCUAGAAAUUAUUCUUAAGACUUGUUUUCUCUUCUAUCUAUACUUGGCCCCCUUGAUGUUCAGGGCUAUUUACAGUGAAGCAGCUUGUUAAAACCACAGCUGGAUUAAGGACAGGAACAAAGAACAGUCCAUCACUCUGAAAUAAGCAUCCCCUUCUCAUCUAGCCUGUAGCUUGCUUGGUCCUAGACUAGACCCUGGUACUCAUUUAUACUGAAGCUACACAGAAGGUUAAGUACCUGUGGCUUUGGUGAUAGUUUUAUAAUCAAGUUACUACUAUGCAGAAACCACUGUUUCUAUACUACAGUUAUCCACUGAUGGAAUAUAAAGAAUUUAAGACCUUGUCCUCCAGGAGUUUAGACUUUAUCCUAUAUACAAGGAGUCCAAAAUUUACAGUUAAGAUUUUUUACUUCAGUGACACUCUCAGACCCUAGGCAAAAUUGUAAAUUGUAUAAGAUUUGUUUUGGAGGCCCCUUACCACUCCAAUUUCAUCCUAGAAUAUUUUGGAGUAUAUUCUAUCCUCUUACCUAUUAAGUGUCAGAAUAUUACCAGAGAAGAAUGAUCAGGAUAGUGAGAAGACUGAGCCUCCAGAAGCAGGGGAAUGAUAACACAGAACUAGAAACAAUGAAUGUAUAGAAAUUGCAGAGGCAAAUUUUAGCUAGAUCUAAAGAAAAGACCUGCCAGCAAUUAGAACUUUCCAAAAGCAGAAUGGGCUCUUUCCAUUGGGGUCUUCCAUUACCAAAGGUCUUCCAGUUCAGGGCAGCUGGAUGAGUACCACUUGUCAGGAAUAUUAGAGAGGAAACUCCUGUUCGGCUAUUGAUUGGACUAGAUCAGUAGUGCCAAACUAAAAUAGAAAGUUCUCAGUAGGCUAUAUUGGCUUCAAAAAUCACACAUUAACUGUGAUACUAUGUUUUUAUUUUGUUAAACAAUUACAGUUUAAUCUAGUUCAGUUGCAUUCAAGUUUUGCUUUGCUAGAUCUUGUGGCCAGCAGACUGCGUGUUAAAUACCUCCAGACUAGA